AUGGCAGCCUGGGAGACCCGAGAUACGAGCGUGACGCAGGGCGCAGCCAGCCGCUUCGGCGCCUUGGCCCCUCCCUGUGCCGGGGAGGGCGCUCUCGGGCCUCCCUUGCGUGUGUGCGUGCGUGUGGAGCGCGGGGGCGCCGCAGUAGAAAUCCCCGCAUUGCGGAGGCCGGUGCCCGUGUGUGAGGACCUGAGUGUCUAUGUUGAUGUGUUCCUAAUCCCGAUUCUUCCCCCAGGCACUCGUGUGUACAGCCCCCCAGAGUGGAUCCGCUAUCACCGCUAUCAUGGGCGCUCUGCCACUGUGUGGUCUCUGGGUGUACUUCUCUACGACAUGGUGUGUGGGGACAUUCCCUUCGAGCAGGACGAGGAGAUCUUGCGUGGCAGGCUGUUUUUCCGGAGGAGGGUCUCCCCAGAGUGCCAGCAGCUCAUUGAGUGGUGUCUCUCCCUGCGGCCCUCAGAGAGGCCCUCACUGGACCAAAUUGCUGCCCACCCCUGGAUGCUGGGGACAGAGGGGAGCGUUCCAGAAAACUGUGACCUUCGGCUCUGUGCCCUGGACACUGAUGACGGAGCCAGCACCACUUCUAGCAGUGAGAGCUUGUGAGGAGGAGGAGCCUGGACUCCACACUGGGAGGCUGGGCUCAGGCUAGCCAGCCCUUUCCCAGAAUGAACAUUCUCUGCCUGGGAUGUCUCCUGCAAAAGCAGUGACCUCUGACCCCUGGUGACCUUUGCUCUUGGCACCGGGCCUGUUUCCUUUGCUUUGAGUGCCUUUUUGAACGCUGCUCCACAGGGCCUGGGUUUUCUUGAGCUCUUCUGUCCAAAGAUGGCUGCGGGCUAAACAAGGUCCCGCCUGCCUUGGGUGGAUACUUGAACCAGAGACCCCUGCCCUGCUGCUGCAUCUUGGAGGCAGCCUUCCUGACCAACUGUGUCUGACAUGGAGCACCCCUGUGGUGCCCACCUCCCACCCUCCAGUCUCAUGGUGUUCGUCUGGGCAUGUCUGCACAAGCAAUGCAACGGUUGGGCCACUGGUGCCCAUCUGCCACCCCAGGCACGAAACUUAGGUGUGCCAGGGUCUCUUAUUUAUGGUGUGACCACCCUGGAGGGCACCCCUGCCCUGCUGGGGCUAUUUAUUGUUUAAUUUAUUUGCUGAGGUUACUUCCUCCAAGCAGCCACCUCCUCCAGGCCCCUGGGGUAUACAGGACAGUCAGGGUGGCUGUGCAGUCCACAGACCCCAUCUUCCUGCACCUGGAGUAGGUCCCCAGCCCACAUGUCUGUGGGAGGAAGAACUUGUACAGUGGCUAAUUUAAGGGAAGCGGGGGGACCCUGCCACCCUGGGCACUCUUGCGCUGGGGGGUGGGUUUUAAAUUAUUGACCUUGUACAGUCUGCUUGCUGGCUCUGAAAGCUGGGGUGGGGGACAGAGUCUCAAGCCCUUAAUUUAUUUUAGCAGCUGUGUUUCUGUGACCCUGGUGUAAGUAGGCAUCAGGGGUGGGGGUUGUUUUAAGUUCAAAAGUGUGAGAUGUCUGGAAAUCAUAUUUUUUAUACAGGUAUUUCAAUUAAAUGUUUUGGUAUAUAAAUGGA